AUGUUUGCCAAUCGGAAUUCAUCACAAAAACCUGGUGAAGAUUUCAUCGCCAGCUUUCGAAAAUCGUAUCCAGCGAUCGGGAGUUCAACCUCUGCUGCUGAGGACGUGGAUGAUGUUACUCACUUAACCGCGCCUGCGGGAAGUGAAGAGAUGAAAGAUUCAGAUCCAACACCCAGAGCACAGAACGACCCAUGGAAACUUGAUACCUCCGACCCGAAUUCUUACUCCUCUGCCUCCUUUCCCUAUCAAAUACCAGGUUAUUAUACACCUACAGCGGGAGGACCGAACGCUCAAUAUCAGAGUCAAGCUGGAGAUCUCCACACGCCUCUUAUGGGUAUGGGUAUGAAUGGCAUGGGACUCGGAACGUCUCCGCUUUGCACUUCGACAGCUGGUGACCAUACUCAUCAUAAUCUUUCCAUGUUCUCGCCUAUCUAUGGUCAUCCGCAUAUGGCUCACCAAUUUCCGCCUUACAACCAAUUCAUGAACCCUCUCCAGCAUCAUCAACAACAAGUCCAGCAACUACAGGCAACCUCUUUCGCGCCAUCCACUUUCGUUCAUCAGGACACAGGCUACGAAACGAUGGACCACGAAGGAUCCCCCGUCGACGACGAAGGACCGCUUGGUUCAAUCGAGUUGAAUAUGCACCAAGCCCCAUUGUUGGAUUCCCAGCUACGAUCGUACAGACCGGCUACGUAUGCUCCAGUCCCUUCUUCUGCCGAGAAUUUUCGUUUCCACGCAACCUUGAGUGCUCCAACGGCCAUGAUCAAAGAUGCCAGUGAGAUUCCCGUCACAUAUCUCAAUAAGGGACAGGCAUAUUCCUUAUCCAUCACUGAUACUGCAUUGGAUCGACCACGUCUUCCAGGAACUCGCUACCGAACAUUUAUACGCAUCUCAUUCGAAGAUGAAGAGCAGUCGCAAAAACCUACUUCGUGUUGGCAGUUAUGGAAGGAAGGAAGAGGUACUAACGAGGCGCACCAACGUGGCGGAAAGCUUCAAGCUGUUGAAUAUGUUGAAGCCGGACAGCCUGCUGAAAGUGAUGGCAAGCGAGCACGCGUGGAGCUCGACACAGCUUCUUUUGACGGGUUUUCUGUGAUUUGGACCCCCAGUAUCACUGGUUCCCCCGAAUGCAACAUUGCAGUUCGCUUCAACUUCCUUUCUACGGAUUUCAGCCACUCAAAGGGUGUGAAGGGAAUCCCACUACGAUUUUGCGCGAAAACCGAAAUACUAGAGUCUGAUCCUCAACAACAUGUUAAUGAAAGCGCCGAGGUCGCUUACUGCGUAGUAAAGCUCUUUAGAGAUCAUGGCGCUGAGCGGAAGUUGUCCAACGAUAUUGCGCACGUUAAAAAGACAAUUGAAAAGCUAGAACAGCAAAUUAGUCAAGCAGAGACUGGUAUGAAAGAUUUUGGAAAGCGAAAGAAAGGUGCAGUUGCAAAGCCACAAAAGCCAUUAUUGUUAGACCAGGGACCUGGCAAGACUAAAAAGCAUAAACGGACUUGGUCCGUGUCUUCUGCAUCUUCUGCAGGUGGACAAGCGCCGGAGGAGGAUCUUCAUUUCAAACUUCGAACGCAGCGAGAUAUGUUCGACAGCCCACGAAUAGUUAGCGUACUCUACUUACGCGGAUCGGAACAAGACGACCCUGAUUUGCAUCCAGUGGCUUUAGCUGGCGAACCGCUGGACUUGACUAAAGUGGAUCCUGGAGACAACGCCAUUUGGGCCGCGAGGAGCGCACGUAGCUCGACUACUGAUACCUCGUCCAUCGUCUCUCCCUCGCACAGUUCAAAUUCUCUUCACUCCUCCUAUCAAUCUCAAGCCGCUGCAUCUGCAUCUGCAUCUGCAUCCAACCCUUCAGCUUCCUGGGGUGAUUUCCAUAACCCACCAUUAGGAGACUUUCAAAAACAAAAUACGCAACGUUUGGCGAGUCCACCAGAUCAGCUAACCAGGGUUCCCAAGUCAGAUGAAACUGGAAAUCUGAAUGUCUGGAUUGAGGCUUUGGAUGUUGAUCCAUCUUACAAUCCGCCUAUCUUGGAACGAACUAUCAAGCCCGUCGCUUGUUUUUACGUACUCCAUCGAGAUCCGACUCGACCAGGCAAAGAUGAGUUUCAUCGAGCUAUAUACUUGAUGCAACGAACACUCAAGGAUUUCACUGAUGCCAUCGCAUUGAAAUGGAAUAUUGAACCUACGAAAAUAUGGCGGACUACUCGUGUGCUUGAAAGUGGUUUACGAGUUAAGAUGGACGAUGAUGUUGUACGUGAGCUUUCCGAUGGCCAAGACUUCAUUCUAGAGGUUCAAAACUUUCAGCCACGAAACAUGCUUGAGAGGGCAGGAUACGAAUUGUGCUUAUUUUUCUAA